CUUGCCUUUGAUUUAUUUUUUUCUGGGCGGCCGCGGCGACCCGGGACUGGCUCGGGGAUGGGAAGCGAAGCCCCCGGAGCUGCGGCAGCGGCGGCGCUGUGAGGAGCAGCCAGGGGGAGGCAGCUGCGGCUCGUCGGUGAGUAUCUGGGAAGCGCUGCCAUGGCGUUUCGUAAGAAGAGCACCAAGAACCCCCCAGUCCUGAGCCACGAAUUCAUCCUGCAGAAUCAUGCGGACCUCGUCGCCUGUGUGGGGAUGUUCUUCGUGCUGGGGCUUAUGUUCGAGGGAACGGCCGAAGCAUCUAUCGUUUUUAUUACUCUUCAGCACAGUGUUCCCUUCCCUGCAGCAGCAGAGCGAGCCACAGAAUCAAAGUUCCUUUACUAUUAUGGCAUCAAAGAUUUGGCCACGGUUUUCUUCUACAUGCUGGUGGCAAUCAUCAUUCACGCCACAAUUCAGGAGUAUGUGUUGGAUAAAAUUAACAGGCGAAUGCAGUUCCCCAAAGCGAAACAAAGCAAAUUUAAUGAGUCUGGCCAGUUUAGUGUGUUCUACCUGGUGUCUUGUAUUUGGGGCACAUUCAUUCUCAUUUCUGAAAACUGUCUGUCAGACCCAACUCUCUUAUGGAGGGCUCAUCCCCAUAAUAUGAUGACCUUCCAAAUGAAGUUUUUCUACAUAUCACAGUUGGCUUACUGGUUUCAUGCCUUUCCUGAACUCUAUUUCCAGAGAAUCAAAAAGCAAGACAUCCCUCGUCAACUCGUCUACAUUGGCCUUCACCUCUUUCACAUCGCCGGAGCUUACCUCCUGUACUUGAAUCAUCUGGGACUUGUUCUUUUGAUGAUGCACUACUUUGUUGAGUUACUUUCCCACAUUUGUGACCUGUGUUAUUUUAGUGAUGAAAAGUACCAGAAAGAGUUUUCUCUGUGGGCAAUUGUGUUUAUUUUGGGUCGACUUGUGACUCUAAUUGUGUCUGUGGUGACUGUUGGCUUUCACCUGGCCGGAGGGCAGAAUCGGAAUCCAGAUGCUCUUGGUGGAAAUGUCAAUGUGUUGGCAGCUAAAAUCGCUGUUCUUUCAUCCAGUUGCACCAUCCAAGCGUACAUAACAUGGAAUUUAUUUAAUGUCCAGCUUCAGAGGUGGAUGGAGGAAGACACUACUCUUCAGGCCCCCGUUGUGAAGAAGAAACGGACUAAAGGGAGGUCUUCUAGAAAAGGAACAGAAAAUGGUGUAGCAACUUCAAAUAGAGUAGACUCUCCCCAUAAAAGGAAAGAGAAAUCUUCAUAGUGAAUUACAAGCUCAUUGAUUACUGUCCCCAAAGAAGUCUGCCCUUUCCUAUAAGAUACCUUUGUGUGCUACAGAUUUUUCUGUUCUUCAAAAUAGUUUGUGCUGUCUUUGAUUUCUGUUAUUGUACUGUGUAAUGUAUUUUUUAAAGGCACUUGAGGGGAGGAUGCUUAUUAUGAGUGGAAAAAAAAAAUUGAUAUAGACCAAGCAACAUCAAACGGUUCAGGGAUGACCACCAUAUUUUGUUUUGUUAUUUCGAACAUUUUUCCUAAUGAUUUGUAGAUAUAACUAAAAAGUUCCACAUAUCAGUGACACAAUUUCUUGCUCCUGGCAGUCUUUUAUACCAUUAGCAAGGUGGUCUGGUAGAGCAAUGUCACAUUUUUAAAUGUUCUCUUUUAGGAUAAAAUGGAAAUAUUAUAAAGGUGGAAUUCAACUUCAUUACGUUUUCGGUAUUCUCUAAUUCUUAGAAUUUUUAAACUUUUGGUUUUUUUUAGAACUUACAACUGAAGAAAAGAUUUGUAAAAGCACCAAAAUAAUGAUGUGUUUUAUAUGUAGUGUUGUUAUUAUUACAGCCCCAUUAAAAAUAUUAAUGGGUAAUGUGUGGAGAUUUAUGACCAUAUAUUGAAUCAAAAUAUCAUGAAUUAAUAUAAAAGUGUUAUUGAAGAGGUAAAAUCAUUCUUGUCCAUUUAAACACUUGUAAACUAGCAAUCAAAAAAAAUUAAAUAUUUACGUAAA